GAGCAGGGCGGACGGUUCGUUUUAGAAGAAAUCAUUUCAUCGCAGGUUUUAGCGAUUACUGUCAGGAUGACGAUUAAAACAUCCUUUCUGUUUCUGUUGGCUCUGACCUCACUGCUGCUCUGGUCAACACACCAAGUUCGUCUGACUGUGAGUCCCAGCAGAUCUCAGUUGAUUCGAGGAGAAUCAGUGUCUCUGACCUGUGAGGAUGAAAACAGCUCUGAUGGAUGGACUGUGAGGAGAAACACAACCAGAGGAACCAGGACGCAAUGUGGAGAUGGAUGGGGGAAACCAGCUGGUUCUACCUGUAGCAUCAGCUAUAUUUUGGAAAAGUAUACUGGUGUGUACUGGUGUGAGUCCAAAGAGGGAUCAUCCUCCAGCAGCAGCGUGAACCUCACUGUUGGUGGAUCAGUGAUCCUGCAGAGUCCUGUCCUCCCUGUGAUGGAGGGAGAUGACGUCACUCUGAGCUGCAGAGCAAAGAGUCCAGCCCACAACCUCCCAGCUGCUUUCUAUAAAGAUGGCUCCUUCAUUGGUCAUGAAACUACUCGCAACCUGACCCUCCUCCGUGUCUCCAGCUCUGAUGAAGGCCUCUAUAAAUGCAGCAUCAGCGGUCAGGGAGAGUCUCCAUCCAGCUGGAUCUCUGUGGAAGGGUGUGUAGAGGCGUUCGACAGGGCUGCGCGCUCUCCCUGGAACCCCUCCUCCAGAAAAUACGCUCGAUUGUUCAUG